AUAUCAUUGCAACAUGUCCUGCAAUUCAUCUUCAACCUGAAGAGGUUCUCCAUUACCGAGCCCUUAUACAUCAACAAUGGCACCGAAUAUAAGCUCCACGGCACGCCAUUGUACACAAAGCCACUCGGGAAGAACAUAUGCAUCGUCGAUAUAGAUACUCGGCCAUAUACGAAUGAGCACCAGGUGAUGCACGAUGGCGAGUUCGUCUGGAGCGAUACGGACCGGUACUCCGCUGGCAUGAUGAACCAUUACACCUAUGCAACCCUUCACGGCUACGACUACAAAUUCGUCAACGCCGCCAACUACACCGACCGCUCGCCCACCUGGAUUAAGCCCGCCGCCAUCGCGAACCUCCUGCCCUCCUACAAAUUCGUCAUCUUCCUCGACGCCGACGCCACCUUCAACACCAUGCACAUCCCGCUGGAAUGGCUCUUCAACUACUGGAACAUUACCGCCAAGGUUUCCAUCGCCAUGGCCCUCGAUCCGAACGCCACCAGCAACUACGACCGCUUUCAGCGCCUCUUGACAAAUACUGGCUUCAUGAUCGUGCAGUAUAACGCGGUCACAAUGCACAUGCUGCGUGCAUGGGACGAGUGUCCCGGCGAGACGCGGUAUGCCGGGUGCGCGGAGUGGAAGCAUCCGAGGUUCCACGAGCAGUCAGCGUUUGGGAAUUACGUGCGAUAUGACUACGGGGAGUGGAUCAAGGAGUUGCCGUGUAAUGAGGCGAAUGGCGAGCCGGAGUUUGGCGAGUGCAAGGGCGUUUUCGUGAGCCAUUUCUGGUGGCGGACUGAUAAUGUGAAAAAAUACUUUGAGAUGAACGCGUUGCAGGCGCUGAUGGGGAGGGUGCAAGGAGAGAUGGUCGAUCGGAAGAAGGAAGUAGUGAAGCUGCAGAUGGAGAAUGUGAUUGCUCAUGGGUAGGGCGUUGGCAUCGAGGGAUGGCGGCAUAUGUUCUGGUGUGGGUAAAUGUUUUGAUCGGCAUGGUAUGAUAGCAUCAACACGACAUUGGGGGAGUAAAUCGGCAUGAACCUCUGCAGGCCUCGGCAUACAGAAAAUUUGUAGUCCAU